GCAGUAAUAGUGAAGUGGCCGUGAGGGAGAGACGAGGUGCCAGUGAGGGAGAGGAGUGUGGGCCGCGUGGUGGUGGUGGCUCAGAGGUGUGUCAGUGUGAAGUGCACCAUGUCCUCCUCCUCCUCCUCCCAGGUGCGCAGGGUCGUCCUCAGCACAGGUAACAUACUGGAGAUGGAAGAGCUCAUCAGGAAGGCUGGGCAGACCACCACCGAGGAGCUUCGUGGGAGCAUAAACACUACCUUGAGCAGCUGGGGAGGCUCAGGGGGCGAAGGUCAAGCAGGGGAGGUGCUCAACAUCCAGCGAGUACUGAAGAAUGCUGAACAGGAACCAAAUGACACCUCAGGCAACAAGACAACUGUCAAGCUGUUUCUCAGCAAUAAUGACUCCACCCAGGUUGAGGAUGCCCUUAAGACAGUUUCAUCCAGUCUCAACCUACCUCGCAUAGACUCGGUGAUCGUCACACCACCGGAUGUCAGUGAUGAUGCAACACUAGAAAGUUUGGAACCCUUGUGGCUGGCUCUGGAAGAUGCAGUGGGUCGGGGGGAAGUGGUGUCCAUUGGUUUGGCUGAUGUUUCAUAUCAGCUGUUUCGGGAGCUGUACUCCUGGGCCAAGGUGAAGCCCACAACUGUGCAGGUGAACCUCUCAUCGUGCUGCGUGGUGUCACAGGAGCUCUCUGCCUUUGCCCAACAGAAUGACGUUCAGGUUCUCACCCACAAUGAUGCUGCUGAAAUUGUGGAUGAGGACAUUGUGUCGAGCAUUGCCAGUCGACUUGGCCUGAGUGGUGCUCAGCUGCAGUGGGUGGCACGGCACAGGACGAUCCAGCAGUGCUUUGGCCUGGUGCAGGACAAGGGAUACACACUGGCGUUGGCAUGCAAUGGAUAGUCUGACUAGGAUUGUUGUUAUGUAAAAUUUUUACAAAUGUUUAAAAUUGUUUUUAUUUUAAAGGUUAUAGUGGAACACCUUUUGUGUUAAGGAUAUUGUUGUCUACACCUGAUAUCUAUUAGGUGUUAUAGUGACCAGUUUUAGAUGUUGGUAAGGAUGCAAGGAACCUAUUUUAAAACAUUCAUGUCAGUCAGAAAAUGGAAACCAGGAAUGUUAAGUUGCCCUUUGGGUCUUGAGUGAGUGUAUGUCACAUGCAUCUGAGUGCUGUUGCCUAGAUAUUAAUUCACGUUUACAUGAUGGCAUUUUGAAGUCAUUUUUCAAUGCUCACCAUGCACCUCCUGUUAAUGCCAGUACAUGUACAAUCCAGAAACUAAUACAAUGUGCAUCAAUGUGAGACUAAAGUUAUAGGUCAUAUUUGCAUUAAAGAAAAAGAUCAAAAGAAAGUCUGAGUCACUUUUCUCUGUAAUUUCAUGAAAUUUUAGUAUUGUUAUCCUGCACCAUGAGGCUUAGAAAUGCCAUUUGGGCAUUGCAUAUGACUUUGACUCACUUGGUUACAUCAUCACCUACGUCUCUGGGUUGUAAAGUGUUUGUUGUGAGCACUUCCUUAAUCAACUUAUUGUUGCUUCAAGAGGAUUAUUAAAUUGCUGAUAGUGAUAGGAUCAGUUGAGUCAGUACUUGUCUUUUGCCUGUGGCCUAAUGACAAAACUUGAGCAAGUUCUCUAUUGCUCCUCUCUGGUGCUGAUGUAUGAUACCAUGAAUACUCAGAACUUGAGCCCAGGGUCCCAUCAUUCUGGCAAGUAUAAAUGCCAUUUCGUUGAUUGUAUUCCAUGGGAGCUUUGUCUACCUGUCACAAAGUAUAUAAAAAAAAUGUCCUCUGAUUGAAAAAGUGACUAAUAGGGAAUAACUCCUGGUCAUAGUAAUUUUUCUUCAUAUCAUCAGUAUCAUGGAUCCUGUUGUAUGCAUAAUCAUGGUGACAAAAAAAGCUUGGAAACUGUAAGAGGAAAGAAGAAAAGUAUUACUGUGCUGCAUAAUGAACAUGAAACAUUAUAUAUACAAUACUUAUCCUUCAUAUAGUUAAGAGCAGAGAAAGAGAAUAGUUCUUGAAAGUAGUGUAGACUAUGUAUCUAAUCUCUAAAACCCAACAAUUAUUUUAGGUGAUAGCUCCUUGAUCUGAGAGUAUAAGAUGCAGUGCAGAGUUGGGCUUUACAACCAGUGGUAGCUAUUCUCUAUCUGGUAUUCUUCACUUUUUUUAUAUCGAUAAAUAUAGUAUAAAAUUUCAAAUACAGAGGUUUUGUUAAAUUUUGAGAAAGUUCACUUACUUUUCUUAUUGUGUUACUUAGAAAUUCCUGGAAGGAAGGUGCAGCUUAAAUCUGAUCCCUUCACUGCCACUGACUAUCUGGAUAUUACUAUAUGGAUAAUUUAUGAUUCCAACAUUUGACAUAUGAUUACAACACUGUUGGAGGUUGCCUGAGUUAUAUGUACUUAAAAUAGUCAAUGGUAGAAAGAGACAUGAUGUAAGCUCCAUUCUUCCAGCUAUCAAAUUGAACUUUUGUCAAAUUUCAGUUAUUGCAUCUUAAAUACAUGAUGAGAAUGUGAAUACUGAAGAUAUGAAGUUGUUAAAGUGAGCAGAGGGUGGCAUGAAGACCUCUGGUGAGAUGUGGAUUGAAGAAUGUGAGAAAGGUAGGAGAGUAGGGUGUUAGUGUUGCAAAAAGGGAGUGUUUGAACAGGAAGAGGGAGAGACACUUGUUGCAACCAUCCUGCAAAGGGUAGCUCUGAGGGGGAUGAACAUUAGAGCUAUACAGAUAAAUCUCAAAUGCACCGAUUUUUCUUAGUAUUGGAAAACAGCAUUCACACACACACACACACACACACACACACACACACACACACACUGCUCUGUAGCUCAGUGGUUAAAGUUCUGUGCUGCCAGGCUUUGUGGCCUGGCAGGUGGAGGUUUGAACCCCGCUCAGGCCUAGAUUUUUUUGCUGACAAGGAGUGGUUACUGUCCCCCCCUUAGCAAGGGGGAUGGAGUGUGUGGUGUGUGAAGGUCCUGGCAGAAAUUGACUAUAGUGAGCUUGCUCUUGUCAGGAGGGUACUUGCUGGCAAUUGUGAGUCCAACUUGUGAUCAGGCCAUGGUGGUGAAUUAUGUACACACACACACACACACACACACACACACACACACACACACACACACACACACACACACACACUCUGCUGUGUAGCUCAGUGGUUAAAGCUCUAUGCUGCCAGGCUUUGUGGCCUGGCAGGGGAGAAAAAGUUGGACGAAUACAGAUAUGGAGACAGGGCCACACGAGCGUAACCAGGCCCUGUAAAGCUACAACUAGGUAAAUACAAUUAGGUAAAUACACACACACACACACACACAGGAAAAGUUGGACAAAUAUAGAUUGGAAGACAGGACUGUCUGAGCUCGGGCUCAGGACCUGUAUACUACAGUUAGGUAAAUACACACACACAUGUAUCAUGUGAUAAAACUUUUAACAUGGCACCAGAAUUUAAGGGAAACCCAAUUCAUAAAUCUUCUCAAACUUCAAGGUAGCGAGACCUGGUGUGGUCCUUGAAUGCCUCGUCUGGGAUGAUACAGGUACUCAUAAAGGAUGGGUGCAAGACAAGAUCUUGCUCACUUUCCUGAGAUUUCAGCUUCAACAAUAUACUCCUUAGGCUGAUAGACAAACAGUGUAAGGAUAUUGAGUUUGGAUCAGGGCUGUUGCUAGAUAUUCAGGAUAUUGGGGGCUUGGCCCUGAGCACUGUAGACCCACAAGCAACAAAGAAUCAAGUUCUUGGUAGGUUUGCAAAUCUUUUAAUAUAAACUUUCUCUGAUAGUAUUUUAUGCCAUCUGAGUGCAAUUAAAGAAAGUCUAAAAUACUGCAAAUUAGUUCCUGAAAAAGAUUCAGGGCUAUACAAAAGAUUUGGGGCUAAAGCUUCCAGAGUCCACCUCUAACAACAGCCCUGGUUUGGAUAGACUAAAAGGCACUCUUGGCCCAGAUUUAGAUCAUAUUCUAAGUACUUGUAGUGUUUGAAUGGUCUUAGUGUAUUUAUCUGAGGGAUUUUAAGUUUGAUUAGAUAAAGGUCACCUACUGUCCAUUAUAGACCAUAUAGUUUGUAUUCUCUGAGAAUACAGCAAUUACAUUGUCUUAGAAUGCUUGUUUUGAGGUAAACUAACCUAUCUGCUAAUUACUGUCCAUUAGUGUGCAGUAGGUUUAGUACAGGAAGCUGCCACUGUGGGAGCUAGACCAGACUUCUCAAACCUUCCCAGCUCUCCGGCCUACAACCUGGUGGUGGUCAUGCUUAUAUUUUCAUAUUGAGGAAUAUGGUGCCUUCAUAUUUGUUUUCUUAAGAACAUACUCUGCUGAUGCCUGUUGGAUUGAUGUUGCCCCAGGCUACAAUAGUCAUCUAAGGCUGCAAUUCAGAUUAGUACUGAUAUCAACAUGCUGGUUAUUUUUUACCACUAGGCAGCAGCCCAAGCUGUUGGCAAGACUCAAGUACAGGUCUAUGUAAGCACUACUCUGGCAAAGUAACUUUUUUCAUAAUGCAGGAAUCAGAAAUUUUUCAUUAACUAUUGUUAUAGUGCCACUACUAUUCACUUGAAGUGUUUCUUCUUCUCCCUCUCAUGGUAUUGCUAACCUUUAGAUUACCAGGGUAGUGCAAAGUUUCUAAAAUGGCAUGAAAUUCAUCAUUCAUUUCCCAACAAUUAAAUCUCCCAAAAAUGAAAGAGGUGAUCCCGUUCUCAGUGACUUGUAAUGUAUUGGUUGUUAGAUUACUAUGCUGUUACCGCCGGUCUCCCAUCGGCACCUCGCCGUAACAAUGAUAUGUCCAAAUCUAACGAGAUAGGCAUGUAGUCUUCAACAUCUAAGUUCCUAAAAUAAUGGCCAUAAUAUUCAUAUCUUGUUUUAAAACUAAUAGUAAACCUUAUUGUGUAAAGGGGUGAGUCACUUGACAAGAUUGUGAUGAUGGGGAGUGAAGCUACAACAUACCACAUGACUUGGAUGUCAUGAAAAGUACCUCCGGACUGGUCAUGCAAUUGUUUUUCUUUAAAUUUUUCAUGGAAACUCAAUUUUUGAAACAUUACCAUGAGGAGUGCCUAUUACAAAAAACAUGUGGGAAGGAAAAGUAUUCCAUAUUAGUUUCUCCUGCUGCUAGUGCUCUAAAUUUCUCCGCACACACACACACACACACACACACACACACACACACACACACACACACACACACAAACACACACACACAAACACA